AUGGGCUUGUUGGGCCGAGGUCCUUCUACACUGCGCCACGUGGCCUUGGGCCGAGCUAAGUAUUGUUGCUGGUUCGCAGAGGAUCAAGGCUCGACCGCCAUUAGCCCUUCCGUGUCUGAUUGUUUGGCCUCAUUUCAGAAGAAGGCUAAUGAGCGAGAUCAGUUGAGCGGCAUGUCUGACCUUCAAGUCAUCAACAUUGAAGGCUUAUUCACUUACGAACUCAAGCCUUGUGGGUAUACAUGGAGCUGCUCAUUUAAAGAGAGAUAUACGCCACCACAGACUGAAAUAUCAUCUCACGAAGAACAUUUAGCCCCGGGUGAAGAUAACCCCUUGGAGAACAAUGAAGUCUCCCAGCGUGUGGAAAUACCUGUGUCGUCGAAAGGCAACGAGUACACUCCCGCCGAAGACAAACUGAUAGUAUUGCUGCACACUUUCAUGGAAGAACGAAAAGCGCUCUUCAAGUACGAUACUACAAACCUCGGCAAGAUAUUGAGAAUUCAACUCGCAGUCGCCAAUAUAGCCUACGGCAGUCACGUCAAUCUCCGGAUUGUUAUUAAAGUUUUCAGGUAUAUAUAUGAAUCUAAAGAUAUCCGUCAGCCCUAA